CACAAAAUACAACAACGGGUAAUUAAACAUCUAUUUAGCUCAUACCACAAGUAGUAGCGUCGGCACUACAAUAAUUUGUAGAGACCUCGAGAAAAUUUUCUUUCUAUCUAUACUGGUAAUUCAAGCACUGCUCCAUAAAUAUAUCCUAUUUUAUCAUAAUUCAGUUGAUAUUGUAAUAUUAAGAAUACAACAAAAUCAGUGACAUCUCAACUAUUAGAAUAUCUCCAGAAAAGUUUUCGGAAAAAACCGUGGUGUUGAGGAUGUAGAUAAGGAUGCACGUAUUCUAUUAUUUCUUUCGUCAUACUCACGCUGCCCCAUCAUAAAGAUUUGAACAGGCUCCUUUUGAAGUUCUAUAUUUGUAAAAACUAUAUUUUGGACCCAAAUUUUGAUAAAGAAAUAUCAUGUAACUCUACGUGCAGGAUUUGAAAAGCAUCAUUGCAAAAGUCGUACUACGUGCAAGUUUAUUCGUUUGAAUUAUUGUAAUACAAAUGUGAUUAAAAGAAGAAAGACAGAAGAAUCUAAUUGAGUCCAUUAAACGUUGGCAUAAUGCCAUCAAAACCAGAUACAUUGUUAAUAGAUCGAGAAAUGUUGAAUUUUGAGUUAUAUUUUAUCUAAUACUUUUCAUCUCAUUUUAAUUUCAUUCUUUCAAAACAGAACCGAUCGCGUCAUCGCAUUCGACAUCAACAACGUCACCACCACCAACAACAACAACAUCGACAACUGCAUCAACAACGUCACUAACAACAACAUCAACAACUGUAUCAACAACGUCAACAACAACAUCAACAACUGCAUCAACAACGUCAACAACAACAACAUCGACAACUGCAUCAACAACGUCAACAACAACAACAUCGACAACUGCAUCAACAACCACUACUCCAUGCAUGAAUAGAUUUCCGACACAAGUGACGUAUUCGACUGGUGUUGGCUCUGGACCGUAUCCUGUAACAGUCGGCGAUGUCAAUCAAGACGGCAAGCUCGACAUUAUUGUCCCAAAUUUCAAAACAGGCACAGUCGGCGUGUUUCUCAACGCAGAUAAUGGCACGUUUUUUGCACAAGUGAUCUAUCCGAUUGGUACUACCGCUGACCCGUGGUCUGUGGCACUCGCCGAUAUCAAUGGGGACAGCAAACUCGACAUUAUUGUUGGAAACACCGCUUCGAACAAUAUCGGUGUUCUUCUUAACACAGGUAAUGGUACGUUUGCUGCUAAAGUCACCUAUUCAAUCGGCACAAGUUCUUAUCCGUGUUCGGUGGCCGUCGUUGACGUCAAUAGCGACAAUAAACCCGAUAUUAUUGUUGCAAACUACAAUGCAAAUAAUACCAGUGUUCUUCUUAAUACAGGUAAUGGCACGUUUGGUGCAAAAGUAACAUAUUCAGUUGGUGACCAUCCAUAUUCAGUAGCCGUCGUUGAUGUCAAUGCAGAUGGCAAACCCGAUAUUAUUGUCGCAAACUCCGCUUCAAACAACGUCGGUGUCCUCUUCAACAAAGGCAAUGGCACGUUUGGUGCCCAAAUCACGUAUUCAACUGGCACUGGUUCUGGACCGAAUGCUGUGGCCGUCGUUGAUGUCAAUGCAGAUAGCAAACCCGAUAUUAUUGUCGCAAACUACAAUACAUUCAAUGUCGGUGUUCUCUUAAACAGAGGCAAUGGUACGUUCGUUGCUCAAGUUACCUAUUCAACUGGUGCUAGCUCUUACCCAUAUUAUGUAUCAGCUGGGGAUGUUAAUGGUGACAGCUAUACUGACAUUGUUGUUGCAAACUAUUGGGCAGAUAACGUCGGUGUUCUCCUCAACGUGGGUAAUGGUACGUUUGCUGCUCAAGUGACUUAUUCAACUGGUGCUAGUUCGGAACCCUACUCUGUGAGUGUAGCUGACGUCAAUACGGAUGGCAAACUCGACAUCAUUGUCGGAAACUAUAAUGCAGACAAUAUCGGUGUUUUCUUAUCGAAUUGCGGCUGA